GUAAGUCGAGUACCGCCAACAAAGACUUGAGUCUGGACUUGGUUCAUACUUGGCUGUCUUUACAAUCUCCGUAGCAGGUUUAUUUUUAGCUAUCGCUGUUGCUAUCUUCUCAAGAACAUCAAAAACGUUCUCGCUCGUCGAAAAUUAUUGUCUUACUACCAAAAUGGAAGGGAUGUCUAUGCCAUUAUCUAUGGGGUCCUCAGUGUCAUCUACGAGACAUUCAACCCUGAGUACCCUAAUACCAACGCCCACAGCAAGCACGGGAGGUACCGAUAAUAUGGACAACAACAUGGAGGGUAUGGGAGAUAUGGAAACACAAGUGGGAGGGUGUAAGAUCUCUAUGCUCUGGAAUUGGGACACGGUCGACACCUGCUUUUUAUCGGAGUCAUGGCAAGUUAAGUCUCCUGGUGGAUUCGCAGGUCUAUGUAUCGGUAUUGUCCUGCUCGUAAUCCUACUCGAGUUUUUACGUCGCGCCUCCAAGAUCUACGACCGAUACUUGAUCCGCCAGCACGCAAGGGCGACGAAAGUCCUCGCCGCAACGUCCGUGAACAAUUCCACAGAUACUGCCAACGGGGCUCUCAUAGUAAAAGAAGGCACCACAGCCCUGCCUCAUACCACACCAUUUAGACCUAAACUCUGGCAGCAGGGCAUCCGUGCUUUACUACAUACGCUUCAUUUCGCCCUAGCCUAUUGGAUUAUGUUACUUGCUAUGUACUAUAACGGAUACAUAAUUAUUUGCAUCAUCAUCGGCGCCUUUAUAGGGUUCUUUCUACUCCAAUGGGAACGUCUAAGUCCUCGAAGCGACGGCGAAACUGGCUUUGACAGUGGAACAGAAGCCACCGGCUGUCACGGAUAAACUCUAUAAGAUUGACGCGAAUAGGUUGUAUAAUAUUAAGGAUCGGGAGAAAGAGCAAAAGUUCUAUAGUCAAAGUUAAUUCAUUAGGACCGCAACUUGUAGAAUAGAUAGAGGUAUGAGUGUAGGAUCUGCGUAGCCUGAAAUACCUAGAUUUAGCAGCUACCUCCUCAGAUACUUACCUCCUAUAUAAUAACUGGAUAUUUCCUUAGUACUGAUAUCU